AUCGAUGUGUCUUUCGUAAAUAUCUAUUACUAAUUAGUGAUUUGUUAUUGUAGUUAAAUUUCAAUUAUUCGGAACGCGGACAGUGGGACACAGCCGUAACACACCGCAGGCUGUCCUCGAUCGUCUCGUCGUUUUUGUUCGUCACUGUGAUUUUGCUAAACUCCGUUGCCUCUCCUUCGCGUACGCGCCCUCGCUUCGCCAUGUUCUGACACCGGAGAAAACUUCGAUUUUCCUCCAAAAAUCUCAAGCAUUCCAUAUUCCAAUACCGCGACCGACCAUGUCUCCGGUCCGGCCGCCGACGGUGUUCGUCCUGUUCGCGCUGUUGGCUGUUCUCGGUGUUCAAGUGGCAGCCAGGAUACACACGUUGCCGAUACACAACGACGAUCGGCGGUUUAUAGCCUUGACCACUUUUGGAUUUUUUCGUGGCGGCCUAUUGGAAGUGGAAAUAGUAGACUUUUACCUGCCUCCCGACAGCCUAAAUGAAACACAUGGCUUGCUGCUUGAAAAGUCCUUAUUUGACGAAGGGAAUCCUUAUAUUGAUUCUCAACAAGAAAUCUGCCCAAUUGAAUCUCCUAAUCUAUUUGAUAUACGAAAGAAUUCUAACCUGGCAGUUUUCAAGUUUAAUUUCCCAAAAAAAGUUGUCACAAUUAAUUGUUCAGAUUCCAUGGAGCCAUUUUAUUUAUUCGAAAACAUGGACGAUUUCAGAAAGAACCUGAAUGAUAUUGAAGAUGAUACUAAAACAAGUCCCGUUAACAAAACUUUACCAAUUUCAAAUGGUACUCAACCAGACAGUUUUAAUAUAAAAUUUGUUGUUUAUGUGAAAACGAGAUCAAAUGAAGGAUUAUAUAAUUUAUACUACCACAACUGUCCGAAUUAUGCCACGAUACCAAAGUCUAAACAAAGUUUUACGGUCACUAUAAGUGAGAUCAAUGCCGAUGGGAAUUAUUUAUCAGCUGGUGACAUGCCAUUGCCAUCUUUGUAUUUUUCUAUGUCUAUUAUAUAUUUUUUCACCGGUGUGUUGUGGGUUUAUUUCUUAUACAGAAGCACCUAUCCUGUUUACAAAAUACACUAUCUGAUGGCUUUAUUAGUGUUUCUAAAAGCAGCGACUUUAUUUUUCCAUGGUUUGAAUUUCCAUUUCAUUCAAGUCAAAGGACAGCAUAUUGCCACAUGGGCUUUUGUCUACUAUGCGAUUCAUUUAUUGAAAGGAUCAGUUUUAUUCAUAACAAUUGUUCUAAUUGGUACUGGUAUGACUUUUGUCAAACAUGUUUUGUCGGAUAAAGACAAGAACAUUUUUAUGAUUGUUAUACCCUUGCAGGUAUUAGCUAACGUAGCCUAUGCUAUUAUUCAAGAAUCUGAAGAAGGUGAUAUGCAGCACAAUGCUUGGUUGGAUUUGUUUUUACUUGUUGAUUUCAUGUGUUGCGCUGCUAUUUUGUUUCCCAUUCUUUGGUCUAUACGACAUCUUCAAGAAGCAUCUCAGACGGAUGGUAAAGCAGCAAUAAAUUUACGCAAACUAAAGUUAUUUCAACAGUUUUAUGUUAUGUUAGUUUCUUAUAUUUAUUUCACACGCAUAUUGAUAUACAUGCUUAGAAUGACAGUACCAUUUCAUUUGUUAUGGCUUAAUGAAUUCUCUAGAGAAACUGCAACGUUUAUUUUCUUUGCAAUGACUGGUUAUAAAUUCCGACCAACAAUUGCAAAUCCUUAUUUCCAAGUGGCAUCAGAUGUUGAUGAUGAUGACACAGACAUUGUAAUUAGUCAUUUUGGAUCUGGCGUUAGCAACCGUUCUAGAAAGAAAGCAAACAAUGGUGGGGAAACUGCUGAGGACGAAAUCAUGUUAGUAGAGUCAUCGUCGUGAUAUAAUAGAUAUUAUGUUUCUAUGAUACCAAGACUGAUCCAAUUGAUCCAUGAACCUUUGCCGUGUCUUCUAGUCUUUCUUUUAAGAGUAGACAAAACUGUUCCAUUUGUACAAAUUUGUACCAAACUAUCGCACAACAUUUUACUAUUUGUUUAUUUAUGUAAUAAAUAUAAGUCAAUCACUUUGUUACAAUAUUGUUUAUAGUAUGAAGUUUGAUUGAAUUUUUUUUUGUAAUUUUUUAGAUUUAAGUCCAUGUUCCUUAGGCGUUGUUGCUAUGUAUUAUAUUUUUUAUUAUGAAUACUAACAUUGGUGAAAUAUCAACAAUUAAUGCAAUAUUAAAGAAAAAUAUAGGAACAUUAUUUUAUUGUAUGAAAUAGUACUAAUGUUAUAUUAUUAUUAAUAUGGUGCUUAAUCGAAUUUAACUAAAACAAUAAAAUAUCUGGUUGUUAAUAAGACGAAUACACUAACAUUAGAUUUUA